AUGGAGAGAGACGGGGAGCCUCUCUCCGCGCGGCCAGCCCUUGAGACCGAGGGGCUGCGCUUCUUGCAUGUCACGGUAGGCUCCCUGCUGGCCACUUAUGGCUGGUACAUCGUCUUCAGCGGUAUCCUGCUCUUCGUGGUCAUUCAGAGGUUGUCCGCCCGCCUGAGGGCCAUGAGGCAGCGGCAGCUGGAGCGAGACUCAAUUGUUGUGGAACCUGAUAUUGUUGUUAAACGACAAGAAGCUUUAGCAGCUGCUCGUCUGAAGAUGCAAGAAGAGUUCAAUGUGAAAGCCGAAAAGCAUAAAGAGAAGCUAAGACAGCUUGAAGAAGAGAAAAGAAGACAGAAGAUUGAAAUGUGGGACAGCAUGCAAGAAGGAAAAAGCUACAAAGGAAAUAUCAAAAAACGGCAGGAAGAAGAUAGCCCUGGACCUUCCACGUCAUCAGCUCCCUCUAAACGUAAACCUGACAGAAAGCCAUUGCGGGGAGGCGGUUACAACCCUCUGUCUGGUGAAGGAGGCGGCUCGUGCUCCUGGAGGCCUGGACGCAGAGGUCCAACGUCUGGUGGAUGA